ACCUGAAGACCUGUACACCAUCCCGGCCGCUGCAAGUCGCAUUACAAACGACUCGACAACCGAACGUCGCCAAAGGAUCGUCAAUCAGACACCCGGUAGAGCAUUCCACAGACGCAUCUGCUCAACAUGGCGGUGCAGACUUCCCUGCCAGCACUGCUCGACUCCCUCACAAACUCUCUCAACUCGGCCAUCGAUGCAACCCCCAAGGUCGCCGGCCUCAUCCAGCCCACGCAGGAUGGCGUCUCCCUCCUCGACGUCAAGAACGAGCUCCUCCUGUCGUACCUGCAGAACCUCGUCUUCCUGAUCUUGCUCAAGAUCCGCAACGCGCGCGACGGCACGACUUCGUCCUCGGGCAAUGAGAACAACGACGGCGACGACGAGGAUGCCAGCUCGCAACUAUCGGACGACGUGGUCAAGAAGCUGGUAGAGCUCCGCUUGUUCAUGGACAAGGGCGUCCGCCCGCUCGAGGAGAAGCUCCGCUUCCAAUUAGACAAGAUGCUGCGCGCUGCAGACGACGCCGAUCGGAGGAAAGAGCAGCUCGCGCAGAAGGCAGCGGCUGGCGGUGAUGACGACGACGACAAGUCGGAAUCCGACGAAGAGGACGACGACGAGGACGAUGAAGCUGAAAAUGGCGCCGACAGCCUCGCUCGCCCCGGCCCAGCAUCGGCAAAUCAGUUUGCGCCAGGCGUGCGGGGCUUCGAAAAACCCACGGGAGCCGCAGCCGUGGGCAUGGCCGCGGCCGCCACCGCGGAGGACAAGACGGGCAUCUACCGCCCGCCCAAGAUCGCGCCGACCGUCAUGCCGACGACGGAGCGCCGCGAGGCGCGCGGGGACCGCAGGCCGAUGAAGUCGGCGACGAUGGACGAGUACAUUGCCGAGGAGCUGUCGAGCGCGCCCAUGGCGAUGCCCAGCGUGGGCACGACGAUCGUGGCGGGGGGCCGCAAGACCAAGACUGCGGGCGAGAAGGCCGAGGAGGACCGCCGGCGGGACUACGAGGAGACCAACUUUGUGCGCCUGCCCAAGGAGAGCAAGAAGGACCGGGCGAAGCGCAACAAGAUCGAGGGCCGCAGCGCGCGGACCCAGUUUGGCGGCGAGGACUGGCGCGAGCUGGGCGAGGGCGUGGACCGCAUCUCGCGGCUCACGUCGCGCGGCCGGGGCGGCUCGUCGAGCGGAGGCACGAGGGCGCUGCUCGAGAAGAGCCGCAAGCGCGGCCGCGAGACGACCGACAGCGCCAGGGGCAGCGGCCUCAACGAGAGCACGAGGGAAAUUGGAGACCGCUUCAACAAGCGCGUCAAGACGCUCGAGAGUGGUCGCCGCGAUCGGGGCGGAAAGAGAAGGUAGUUCUCGGGUCCAACAUCAGGAGAAUAACAAACACACAUAUUGCAUGGUCUGGCGCAGCAUUCGGAAUA